AUGCGGCGCUUAAGUUCUCGAGCUGGUGGUCGAAACUUUAGUCUUAAAAGUGAAGAAGACGUUGAAGAACUCAUGCAAACACUCAUCGCUCAAAUUCAUACAAAACUCAAGAAUGAAUUGAAUCUCCGCGAGAUUUUCAUUCCAAAUUCCAAAGCUGAAGCUCGUUGUAAUAUCUUUGUCUCUUCCAAUUACGCUGCGUGUUCAAAACUCUGUGUGUUUCUCCAACCUGGCGAUGGAAUGCAACCUGGAAUGUGGAGUCGAACUGUUCAUCCAAAAAUGGGAUUCCAAGGUUCAAUGCUUCCAUACUUAAAAACUGCAAUUCAAGGAGGAUAUGGUGUUGUCCUUUUAAAUCCAAGUACCAAUUAUUGUAUGGUCAAUGGACAUCGUGCUAAAAUCUUGCAUUCGGCUACUCCAGAAGAUCAUGUCAUUUAUGUCUGGAAAAAUUACAUCGUACCUAAUGCAGCGCAAGAAAUUAGUUUUAUCGUGUACGACCAAGCUGGAAUGUUGUUAAAAACAUUUCUCUCGACAAUAACACGACAAGAAUACGUUCGUGUUGGUGGCAUUGCAUUUAUUGAAUCGGCACAUCAUCUUGCGUCAAAUGAUAGUAAUGGAUUACGUGAAUUAUUGCGAGACAAGGCAGUGAAUUUUGAAGCAUCAUCUGAACCAAUGUUUACUGUGAUUGAGACGUCGAAAGCACGACUUGGAUGUACGUCAUUAUCUGUUGGACGUACGAAUAAUGGAGCGAAUAAACGAGAGUCGACAGUCCAUUCGGUUCAAACAUCAGCAUUUGUAUUUUUACAAUCAAUUGCAAGUGGAAUUGAAGAAUCAUUACAUGCGAUUCGUGCGACGUUUCCAAAUAAACUUAUUGUGACAGUCAAUCGUGCUCGAUUAACUGGUCAACCAUACAAUAAUCCAUUUGCAAUUGUACAAUGUGUGGGUCAGAAGAAAGAGACGGUUGGGAGUCAUAAACAUACGAUGGAUCCGGAAUGGAAUCAAACUUUUUCGUUUCCUGUUACAUCUAGUGAAACAAAAGUCGUGAUUGUAGUUAAAGAUCGAUCGUUUCCACUUAAUACAUCACUUGGUCAAGUUGUUGUGACAAUGAGUGAAGUGGGACUUAAUCGUGCAGAUCGACGAUGGUUUGCAUUACGAGAUGAAAAGGUCCCGACUGCACAUGGUAAUGGUGAAGUGGAAUUGACACUUGAGUGGGUACACGACACAUUUGUUGCUCGUAGUGAUUCAUUCAUUCGUGGCAAUCGAAUGCCGACAUUGGAAGCUCAGCAACGACCUGGGAAUAAUACAGCUCAGGAUGGCGAAAAUGCUUGUUAUCUUUGCAAGUCAACGUUUGUCUUGCAUCGACGUCGAUAUUGUCGCAUGUGUUUACGUCUUGUUUGUACCUCAUGUUCCGAUCGAUUGUUUUUACCAGGAUUUAGUGAACCCAAGCGUGUAUGUUCCGGAUGUUGUGAUCUUCAAAUGAUGCUGCACAAUAAACUACCACGAAUGGGAGGUCCAGGAGCACUUAGUCCGAGAGUACCAUCGCAAACAAAACUUGAAGAACAUGCACAGCGCAUUGAGGCGAUGCGUAAGAGAGAAGAAGCGGAGAAACGACCACUUACGAUCACUGAUUUUGAUCUACUGAAAGUAGUAGGACGUGGAGCUUUUGGGAAAGUCUUGUUAGUACGUAAGAAAGAUGGUAAGAAUUCUGGGCAGAUAUAUGCCAUGAAGAUUCUUGUCAAGUCUCAUAUUAUCAAGAACGAUCAGAUUGAAAAUACUAAAGCCGAGCAACACAUUCUCAAAGAAAUUAGUCAUCCGUAUAUUGUACGAUUACGAUAUGCAUUUCAAAAUGCUGAAAAACUUUACCUGAUUAUGGAUUAUUAUCCUGGGGGGUCCAUGUUUUACCACUUGCGUAAAUCCAAACGUUUUGCCGAAGAUCGAACGCGGUUGUACAUGGCCCAAUUGUUGACAGCAUUAAUGCAUUUGCAUAGCAAACAAAUUGCUUACCGUGAUUUAAAAUUGGAAAAUAUUCUCAUGGAUCCAAAAGGAAAUAUUGCGCUAACGGAUUUUGGAUUAUCAAAAGAAGGACAAUUGAUUGACGGUGCCAUUCGAGCGUCUCAAGCUGAUUCAGGAAUGAAAACCAUUUGUGGUACAGCAGAGUAUAUGGCUCCUGAAUUAUUGCGGCAUCAACCGUAUGGUAAAGUAGUCGAUUGGUGGAGUUAUGGCAUUCUUUUGUUUGAAAUGCUUACAGGACGUACUCCUUUUGUUGAUCGAAAUCGUCGUCAAAUGUUUAAAAACAUUAUGCAGUCGGAAGUUAUUUAUCCGUCACACAUUUCGCCGGUAGCACGUUCAUUAAUCUCCAAAUUACUAAAUCGCGAUCCAGCUCGACGUCUUGGAGGUGGACCAAAUGGAGGACGAGAUAUCAUGGCACAUCCAUUUUUUGAACCAAUUGAUUGGGAUUUACUCAUGCGAAAAGAGAUUGAACCUCCUUUUGUCCCAGAUGUAUCAAGUGUAGACGAUAUAACGAACGUACCUGAAAUGUUUCAAAACAUGGCAGCUGUUGACUCGCCUGUUGGCAAGAAAAAUGGCGAUGGACAUCAUUUUGAUGAUUUUACGUACCAAGAAGAAGGUUUGAUUCUACGAGAGACUCAGAUUUAA